AUGUCGUACUCCAUAUUUGACGACAUUCCAAAACUAGACGGGUGUUCUUCUUCUCAAUUAAAGUUUCUAAUUCAAAGGUUUAUCGAACAUUUCAUAUUUGAAGAUGCUCUGCUUCUAUCAGAAUUGCUAUACGAACGAGUAAAAACAGAUGAAAAUCUUGUUAUAUUAUGUGACUGUUUAUUAAAAUUAUCGCGAGCAGAUGAGGUUUACAAUCUCCUUAAACCAUUACCGAAAGACCAUCCAAGCAUUCGUUAUAUUUUCGCCAAAUGCUGUUUCGAUUUAAAAAAAUAUGAGGAAUGCGAGCAUGUGCUGUUUAAUGAAAAUCUUGAGCUGCAUCCGUCUCUUGCAGGAAGUCCAACUUCUCCAUUCGCUCGUCUUCUCCUAUGUAAUGUUUUGAUUGAAACUGGCAGAAUUGAACAUUCAUUAGAGGAAUGUGCUAAAUCUGUGAGAGAAAAUCCCUUUUCAUGGUCUUCAAUAACAUCGUAUAUAAGGGUCGGCGGGAGGAAGAUUUCCGAGUUAGUCGCUGAUAAUGAUAGUCGUGGAAGAAUAAUAGAGAAUGAGCCUUUAUUGGACACACCAGAAGAAGAAAAGAGCGUAACGCCUGUCAUUUUAUGUCCGGUUCCGAAAGUUGGAAUAUGCGCUCCUAAGAAAUCCCGAGUUUCUGAGAUAGCAGAAACGAGAAGGAGUUCUCGGUUAGUCAACCAAGAUCGAGAGAAUGUAGUAAACGCUACUGCGAGAGUUAGUGUGCAACCAAGAACAGGAAAGCUUCGUAACUUUACACGAAGUGAACUUACUCCUACUGUGAUAGGAACUAGAUCGGAGAGAACUUCUACGUCAAGGAAGUCACGAGAUGCUAAACAACCUUUGGCUUCUCGCAGUUCAAAUGCGAUGAGGUCUCUCUCUUCUUCUUCAACCAGUGUAGCUUCAAUUUCAACAAUAUCUACCUCAGAUAAGGAACCAGCUGACGAUCUUUCAAAGAGAGGCAAUCCACUUAGUCCUUUAACAAGAGAUGUAUAUGAUAGUUUGAAAGUGCUAGCGGCCAUUGAAGAAGCUGUUUGUACAUAUAAAUGGACUGAAGCGGGAAAUUUAUUGGGAUCUUUACCGAAUAUCGUGAAAGAGCAUGCUGUUACCUUACACUUAUGUGCUCGAAUGAAAUUUGAACAAGCUGAAUAUGCAGCAGCUCGUGACAUAAUUCAGCGACAGAGACAGAAAUAUCCUCACCGUCUCGAGGGAACCGAACUCUUAUCCACUGCUUUGUGGCACCUACAAGAUAAUUAUCGUCUCUCACAACUUGCCCAGGAGCUUUGUACCAAAGCUCGAAAACGCCCGCAGACUUGGUGUGUAGCCGGAAAUUGUUUCUCCCUUCAAAGACAGCAUGCUCUUGCUGUUGAAUGUAUGGAACGAGCUAUACUAUUAGAUCCCCAUUUUGCAUAUGCCUACACACUACUUGGUCACGAACUAGUUUUCCAAGAGGAAUUAGAUAAAGCAGCGAAAGCUUUCAGAACCGCAUUAAGCAUAUCACCAAACGAUUAUAGAGCUUGGUAUGGGCUAGGGCAGGUUCAUCAACGAACAGAGCAGUUAUCAUUAGCUCAGAAUAGUAUGGCGCAAGCCUUAAAAAUUAAUCCUAAUAGUCGUGCCAUACUUUGUACAUUAGCUCAGGUCGAACAAGCCCUGAAUCGUCCUGCCAAAGCUAUGGAGCUGUUGAAUACGGCUCUUGAACUGAAUCCCAAUGACGUAGCUUGUAGAUACAAUCGGGCGAGAUUACUUUAUGAAACUAAACAGUAUGACAAAUGUGUCGAAGAAUUGAACGAAUUGAAGGGACUCUCACCUGAUGAAGCUUAUAUAUUCCACUUACUAGGCAAAGUACAUAGAAGAUUGGGUAACACGCAUCUUGCUCUAUUGAAUUAUAGCUGGGCUACCGAAAUGGAUCCACGGGGUGAACAAAUGCUUGCUCAUGGCGCUGGUGGAGAAAAUCCUUACGACGAUGAGACAUAUUCUCCUGAAGCCGAUUAA